UUAAGAAAUUUGCUCGAAGUCACCAAGUUAGUCAGUGGCAGAAGAGGGAGUUAACAUAUCUACCUCUUUAUCCUUCACGAAGUAUUUUCCUUUGAAACAAAGGUAGAAGCUAAGUUUUCCUCUUGUAUACCCGUAACCAUUUAUCCUAUUAUAUCCAUAGCUCUUUAGCAUAAGGGGGGUGGGGGAAAUUCAAAGAUGGAAAUAAACAUUUAUUAAGUAAAUUUCACUUCUUUGGGAUAUAAAACAAGUAAUUAUCCUUCCAUGAAUGCUGAGUUGUAGAAGGAGACAAUUUCUGAAGUCAAUAUCAAAAACUGCCUUGUUCGCAGUGAGAAUAGAGCUUCAAAUGUUAUAGCAGAAGGUCUUUAGAACCCAUGAAAGGAAGAGGAAAACAUGAUCCCUUCUUUCCACACCACCCCUAAAAGCCAAUUAACUACCAACUAUAUUAAAAAAAGAACAUUAACACUCCAAAGCCCCUCCCAUGUCCUCAAGCUCCUUUACGGUUGAUUAACUGAACUAUCUUUCCCGUUCAGGUAGCUGAAGAUAAAGACCCUUCCAAAGCCAAUGAAUGAGACUAAUCAUUCUCAGGUGACCGAAUUUGUGCUGCUGGGACUCUCUACUUCUCAGGAACUCCAGCCUUUCUUGUUUGUCCUAUUUUCUGUACUCUACCUAGCUAUCCUGCUGGGCAACUUUCUCAUCAUCCUCACUGUGACCUCAGAUGCUCGCCUUCAUACCCCCAUGUACUUUCUCCUUGCAAACCUCUCUUUUAUAGAUGUAUGUGUAGCCUCUUUUGCUACACCAAAAAUGAUUGCAGACUUACUGGUAGGGCGGAAGACUAUUUCUUUUCAAGCCUGUAUGGCCCAGAUUUUCUUCGUCCAUCUCUUUGCUGGUGGUGAAAUGGUGCUCCUUGUGUCUAUGGCCUAUGAUCGUUACUUUGCUAUAUGCAAACCUCUCCACUACAUGACAAUCAUGAGCCGCCAUGUGUGUAUUAUUCUUGUCCUCAUUCCAUGGUGUGUUGGCUUCAUCCAUACUGUUAGCCAGUUGGCAUUUACUGUUAACUUACCUUUCUGUGGUCCUAAUGAGGUAGAUAGUUUCUUCUGUGACCUCCCUCUAGUGACCAAGCUAGCCUGCAUUGACACUUAUGUUGUCAGUCUACUAAUUGUGGCAGACAGUGGCUUUCUUUCUAUGAGUUCCUUCCUCCUCUUGGUGGUCUCCUACACGGUGAUACUGAUCACAGUGAGAAAUCGCUUCUCUGCUAGCAUGGCAAAGGCCCGCUCCACACUUACUGCCCACAUCACUGUGGUCACAUUGUUCUUUGGACCAUGUAUUUUCAUCUAUGUAUGGCCUUUCAGUGGUUAUUCAGUAGACAAAGUUCUUGCUGUGUUCUACACCAUCAUUACUCCCAUCUUAAACCCAGUUAUCUACACUCUAAGAAACAAAGAGAUGAAGGCUGCUAUGUCAAAACUGAAAAACCGGUAUCUGUAGCCUGGCCAGGCAUCAACAGUCAUAAGAAAUGCUUUUGUCCUGGAAACAAAAUAAGCCCACAAGACCAUUGUCACUUUAGUCUUGUCUCUAGACUGUUACAAAUGUAAUUGCUGGGAUGUUAAAGCAAAUCAUUUUGACUAGUGGAAAGGACUGAUUGAGUAACUGGGAUUAAAGGAUGAUUUUCUAUGAUAAUAUAAAAGUAAUAGAAUGAAUGUUAGCCAUUUUAAUAUUCUUCCCUGCACUUUUUUUUUCCUCUCUUUUUAUUUCUGUUUGCACUUUUUUAUUGUUUAUUCAAAUCAUACCUAAGACGCGGGUUUAUUGGCUGUGAACCAAUGGGAAAUGACAUUUACUCACAAAUAAACUGUGCCCUUCCUUCUCAAAAAAGUACUGUUCAGACCCCACUUUUGAAUGAUAACGGGUAUAUUUCUUUAUACCAUAGAUAUAAUAGAUAUACUUACAUAAGUAACUUACGAUAUAUACCAGAUGAUGUAUUAUGUACAAUAUAUGAAAUACCUAGU